UAACAUUUUUUUCCAAAUGGCUUCCCCAAAUAUUAUUACAGCUAUCUUCUUCUUACUAAUUCUUUGUGUUACAAACAAUACACCAUGUGACGCACAGUUAUCUUCUACAUUCUAUGACGCUUCAUGUCCCAAUGCACUACGUACAAUCAGGACAUCCAUCCGAACAGCCAUAUCUCGUGAGCGUCGCAUGGCAGCUUCGAUCCUUCGUCUCCACUUCCAUGACUGCUUUGUUCAGGGUUGUGACGCGUCUAUCUUGCUAGACGACAGUCCUUCAAUCAUAAGUGAAAAGAAUGCGUUGCCUAAUAAGGGUUCGGUAAGAGGUUAUGAAGUGAUAGAGGCAGCAAAAUCUGAGGUUGAAAAACUCUGUCCUGGAGUUGUAUCAUGUGCGGAUGUACUAACCGUGGCUGCCCGUGAUGCCUCAGAAAUGGUUGGUGGUCCAUCAUGGUCUGUGAAGCUCGGAAGAAGAGACUCAACCUCGGCUAGCCUUCUUCUAGCAGAAUCCGGUGCUCUUCCUAGUUUCAAAGCAUCGCUAGACUCACUUAUUUCCACCUUUGAUGAUAACGGGCUUAGUGCCCGGGACAUGGUUGCAUUAUCAGGAGCUCAUACUAUUGGACAAGCGCAAUGCUUCUUAUUCCGUGAUAGGAUAUACAACAACGGAUCAGAUAUUGAUGCAGGAUUUGCUAGCACGCGUAGACGUGGAUGCCCUGUCAACGACGGCAACGGAAAUCUUGCACCACUCGAUUUAGUGACACCUAAUUCGUUUGAUUAUACUUACUUCAAGAACUUGAUACAAAAGAAGGGUCUUCUUGAGUCUGAUCAAGUGUUGUUUAGCGGAGGAUCAACAGACAGCAUUGUUAGAGAAUAUAGCAAUAAUCCUUCAAAGUUCAAGUCGGAUUUUGCAGCUGCAAUGGUGAAGAUGAGUGAAAUCAGGACUUUAACAGGUCAAGAAGGAGUCAUACGAAGAAUUUGUGGUGCUCUUCCUAGUGAUGACGUGGACGCACCACCAUUCAAGGUAUGCGAAUACAUUUUUCCAGCGGUUGAUUGUUAUGCCGCCGUUUGCGAUGGUGGUUGUACGGAGUUGAGGGGGAAUAUGGCUCUUGGAGAAUGCAUAAACAAUAAUACGCAGUGUCGUUGUCGAUGGAGAUGUGGGAUGACCUCUUCUAACCUCUUCUUGCCCUCAAAUCCAAACAUAACAAGAAACCCUAGUCUCAUCUCCUCCACCCCUCUCCUCCUACUUCCGCCUCCCCUCCCCAUUGUCAACCCCUCCACCAUUGCCACCCCUACUACCGCCACCCCUACUACCGCCACCCCUCCUACCGCUGACAACCUUUCACAACCGCCACCCCUUCACCUCUGUCACCACUUCACAGCCACCAACCCUUCACCUCCGCCAACCCUCCUACCAGCGCACCCCUUCACCUCUGCCAACCACCUACUGUCGCCACCCCUUCCACCGUCUUCCUCCCGCUACUGCCACCCUUCACAGCCGGCAUCCUUCCUUCACACUCAGCCUUCAUAG